AUGCUUACACCUGCAUCUUCAAGAAUACUUGCCAGCGGCACCCGCCGUGCGCUGUCGUCACGCAGCUUCCACGCUUCGGCCCGGCGUAUGGACGACUCUGCGCCUUUGCCCGCGCGGAAGCCCAUGGGCACCUUCAGAGGAGGUCUUUUCGGCUUCUUGUUUGGCAGCGUCCUUGGCGGUGGCUCCGUGUACAGCUAUGUCCUGCAGGAGUACAAGGCAUCCAACGAGUUGCUUACCGAGGAUAUUUACACUCUCCAAGCCUCCGUCACCCGACUGACCAACCACGUCAAGGUUCUCGAGGAGAAGAUCCAGCAGAAGAGAAAAUAA